AUGCCAUUACUGCGACAUCAGUACAUAUCAUCAGGGAUAGCUCUCCUCGCUGCGGCUUCAAAGGACAGGAAAGGAAGGCUUUUAGAGAUCCUGAAGCGAAAGGAUCUCAACAUCAACUACUCUGAAAAGACAGGCUGGUAUCGAGGCUACACGGCGCUGAUGUGGGCGGCGUCGAGGAACAGCACAGACAUCGCUGGGGAGCUGCUGAGGGCGGGCGCCGACGUCAACCGCCGGAGUGACGGGAACGAGACGGCCCUGUUCUUGGCGGCCCAGCGAGGGUUUGUGCAGCUCGUCCGCCUCCUCCUGGACCACGACGCUGAGCCCGACGUCGUCACGAAGCAGGAAUACUUCCCGCUGUACCUGGCUUCGAGACGGGGUGACCGGGAGAUCGCUGAGGGUCUGCUUCGGGCCGGCGCUCUGCCCGACUUGCAGACUUCGUGGGGAGUCACAGCCCUACAGACGACGGCUGUGUGGCGCCGACCAGCGAUCGCCAGGGAUCUCCUCAGGUCGGGAGCCAACGUCGACCUCCAAGAUAAUACAGGUCGAACAGCUCUCAUCUGGGCCUGCAGGAGAGGUCAGAAUAAGGUCAUCAAGGAUCUGCUGGAAGCCGGCGCUGACCCGAACAUCCGGGACAGGACAGGUCAGGCAUUUAUUAAGAUGAAGUGA